AAGGGCGUCACUGGUUUGAGUGACGUGAAUUACUUGAAGUCCGGUGUUAUGUCGGAUUUUCUUACUUUGUGCAAACGCACUUUUUUUUAAAUUGUGUAAUCGGUUUUUAGAAAUUCUUGUAACUUUUUGUGGGCAAGAGGGAGACCCGUGAACGGCAGUUUUUGAAUACUGUUUCGGAAAUUUGAAAAUAAGUACAGAAAUGAACAACUCUUGAAAAACAGAAGACGUACAAAAAUCAAGCUAUUACUAUUUUGUUUUUUAAGUACUGGUGCACAGCUUUAGUUAACUGCGGUAUUUGCGUGCGAUUGAGCAAAUAUGUCUGAAACCGAUUCUUAUGGUAUUCCUUUAACAGCGCUAAAUGUUACUGUAAGAAAAAAACUUAGUCUUUACUUAAAUCCGAAAACAACGGUAGCUGCUGACUGGACGACUCUGGCUGAAACGAUGGGUUUCGAUUAUCUGGAAAUUAAGAACUUUGAUCAGUACCAGGACCCCACCAAGAAGAUAUUGGAUGAGUGGAUGUCCAGAUGCCCAGAAGCGACGGUAGGAAAGCUAAUACAAAUGCUUAACGAAGCAGGAAGGGAAGAUGUGAUUACAGAUCUUAAACCUAUUAUAGACAAGGAUUGUAAGGAUUACCUGAGGAAGAAACAGAUGAAGGAACCCCCGGUGCAGGUUCCGGAGGUGACUAGUUGUGGGCCCAGGACGCAGGAAAUCAAUGGCAUUACAGUUCUUGAUGACCCGAUGGGUCACAUGCCUGAAAUGUUUGACGCCUUCAUCUGUUACUGUCAGAAUGACAUUGAGUUUGUCCACGAGAUGAUCAGGCAGCUGGAGCAGACGGAGUACAAGCUGAAGCUCUGUGUCUUUGACCGGGAUGUCCUUCCAGGCACUUGUGUGUGGACCAUCACCAGUGAGCUCAUUGAGAAAAGGUGUAAGAGGAUGGUGGUGGUAAUUUCAGAUGAUUAUUUAGACAGUGAGUGCUGUGACUUUCAGACCAAGUUUGCUCUGAGCCUCUCUCCAGGUGCUCGUUCGAAACGUCUCAUUCCAGUUGUGUACAAGACCAUGAAGAAACAGUUUCCCAGUAUUUUACGAUUCCUGACACUCUGUGACUAUACCAAGCCCUGCACAAAAUCUUGGUUCUGGAUCAGACUGGCCAAGGCUCUAGCUCUCCCUUAAGGUUAUGGAUGACGAUGCCAAGCCUGCAGAGGAAUGUUGUUCAAUACAGGACCUCGGUGCCAACAGAGAAAUGGUACAUACAGAGGAAUGUUUCACAUCCCUACUGAAUCUUUGGUACAAAACGGUUUUGAUUUACCAUACUUGCAUAUAAGCAAGCUCUGGUGGUAGAUGACACUGAAUGGAGCAAACUACAAAUACUGAUGCAUAUAGCCAAAUUGAAUUUGAGGUAUUUCCCAUAAAACACACCAUAUUCCUAUAAAGGUGUUACAUGUUACGUUUUGCUUUAUGGUGCCAACCUGUGUAUCAGUUUUCCUAACUCUGGAAGAUCUACUGUACGCAGUAAAGCAGUGAAGACAGUGUUUAUAAAAAAACUUGCUGAAGAGAAUGGAUAACAUUCACUCAGUGCCAUUGUUAAAGGAUAUGAUCUUUUGUAUCACAUCAAGUCAUUAGUAUUGACCUUUUCCUUAAAAAAAACAUUUUGUUACAAGGUGUAAAUAUUUUCUCAGUUCUUCAGACAAAAGUUUCUUGUCUUGUUGAAAUGUUGCAUCAUCAUUCUGUACAUGAUCUGUUUACUGGGACCACAAGGCUUUGGUCACAUGCUUUUUAUUUUACAAGUGUAGACAAACGUCAAAAUAAAUGUUGUGAAAUUGUGCAUUAAUGUUCUGUAUUUCCAUUUAUAUUCUUUAGACUUCUAGAAGGGCCAAAUCAGCUUAAUUCAACCAUGUUUACCACUAUUAAUCCAGGUUGAGUGACUUCUAUACAGUUUUGAUUUUUACCAUGCUUAUUUACUGUAGUUUUGGUCAAUCCUCCAACCUGUCUAGAAAAUUGCCCCCACCCCACCCCCACCAUCCUGUCCUCCUCAAAUAUUAGUGUUGUCUGUGAGAAAACGCACAGAUCCCAGAGUUUUAGAGGGUUAAUUUGCCAGUUUACUUAAUAUAACCAAAGCGUAAAAACAAAGAGUACUGAAUCUUUUAUCUUAAUCAUCUUGUGACGAUGAAAAUAACAUUUUUUUCAUGCAGUUUACAGGAUUAGGUAAUAAUAUGAAAACAGUGUCAGGCACAGUAAUAUCAUGAGUCUGUACUGGCAGGUGAUUUUCUAAUCUUAGUCUGUGUUCAGAUAGCAAUAAAACAGUGCUUCAAGCUUGUAUGAUGGAAACUCCUUUUUAACAGAAAUAAAACAAAACAGUAAUAAUGCGCAGCUAACUAAAAACCCUGAAUCCGAUCUUAAAUGCAAAUUAUCCUAACGUACACAAAAACAACUGCAAGCUGGCACAUGAGAAACAAAUAUGCUUAAUUAGUCCAUGCUAGAUUUUUGUCGUUUUUGUGUAUAUACAGUAUACAGUAUGUUAAAUGUUACAUUGUAGAUGAAGCCAUAAAAUGUUCUGCAAUUCUAAUUGUGUUAUUUUUGUUGUUACUUUUUCACAGAUUUGUUAAAACAAAUGGUCAAAUAUUAUUUCCUAUCAAAACAUACUUUGCAAAAUAAGGCAGAUUUUUCUUUUUUUGUGUUUUUUUCUGUGCAUUAUAUACCUAGCGUUUAUCAUGUUGGACAUAGAGUGAAAGCCACGAGACGUGGGGUUUUGUCCAGUAAAAAUGUUUGACUUGUAUUGAUAAAAAUGUAGUGAUUGCAGUGUAUGAGUUAUAGGUUGUGUUUAACAGGAGAUAGGUUUUUAAGUAGUUCUACAACAAAAAAAAGGAAAUAGAAAACCUAUUUUACCAUACUUCCCCCAUUGUUUAAGUAAGUAUAAAUUUGGAGAUAAAAAUGUAAAACAUUUGUGAACAUAUACUGUACACACAUAUGUACUCAAUAUGUUUAUAUGAGUAAGGAGGGCAGGGGUGAUUUUUAUGACGGGUUUGUUGAGUUCAAAAUGCAUUCAAUCAAAUAAAGAAAUGGCCACGGAUUUCA